AUGUCGGGCCUCGAAGGUGGCAAAAAGAAGCCCCUGAAACAGUCCAAGAAGCAGGCCGAGGAGAUGGACGAGGAAGACGAGGCUUUCAAGCAGAAACAGAAAGAGGAGCAGAAGAGACCCGAGGAGCUAAAAGCCAAGGCCGCGGGCAAGGGACCCCUGGCCACAGGUGGAAUUAAGAAAUCUGGCAGAGUAAGCUGUUCCUCAUAUCUGAGGUGAUGGUGAACCUCUUCCCUUCCUAUUUAAACAUCUGGAUUCCCUGCCAUAACAUCUUUGCCACCUACAGCUAGAAUGAAGUGUUAUCCUGGAGCCUGGUGUACAUUGUAGUAAACUUUUG